UGUACUAAAAAGUAGCAGUGCCGCUAAACAAAAGAUUCAARUUGCGAACCCGGUAUAGGAAAAUUGCGAAUAAACGUUGAAACUUGAAAAAGAAUUAAUUUGAGCAAAUAUUAUAUAAACUUUCGGUGUAAUUUAUCAGCUGUGGCAGCGUUGAAAAAUAUAUUUUUAAAGACAUUUGUAGCGUGUGACUAGUGAAAAAUAUACUUUGCCAAGUGUAGUGCUGAACUGACAACAAGCUUCUUAGCUUCAAACAUACGGAAGGAUAAUACGCAAGGAUAUUAUAUUUUGCAAGCACAAAAGUAUUUAAGUUUAACUGUGUUUUCUCAGUGUUUCAAGCAGUUUUGAUACAGUAAAAAUAAUUUUAUUUCCAAACUAUCGGAAAAAAUGAUGUCGCUGAAAUCGUUGCUGUUUAUUAGCUCUACAAUCGCCGUGAUCGCCUGUGUUUGCGCGCAACUCGCUCCCGGCUCAAACAUGUACCUGCCACCCAAGCCGAAUGGCUACAACUACCCAGAGCCCAAGAAUCCACUGGGUCACGUGCACGUCCCUGGUAUGCCAUUCGACUUCGAGUACGCCGUCAAUGAUGUUGAGACCGCCAACGAUUAUGCCCACAAAGCUUCUAGCAACGGUGAUGUGGUGACCGGUGAGUAUCGCGUUGCACUGCCCGAUGGUCGCACACAGAUCGUACGCUAUACAGCCGACUGGAAGACUGGCUAUCAUGCGGAUGUCAGCUACGAGGGUGAGCCACAAUUUCCACAGGGUCCCGGCGGCCGGCCCGGCUACAAAUACUAAGGCAGCAYACGCCGAAUGAUGUUGGAGCGCCGGAAGCACACUCUUGCACGCACGCACACAAGCAAACACUCACUCACUUGCUCACACACACACACGCCUAACUGCAAUUAAGGCUACAGCAACUGCCACAACAACAAUAAACUACCACUGCCCCACAUGAAGAAGAGACAACGAUAAGGCGAUGAAUUUUUUUUGGAAAACGAGAUGUAAAUUUUUGUUUUGUUUAAAUCUAUCGAAUUUUUAUUAUUAGUAUA